AUGGCGGUGUUUGUAAAGAUGGGGCUCAAGGACCCCGUCAACAUCACCCUCCUCGCCCUAUCCGUCUCAGACCUGGGCGCCUCGGCCACCUUGUUCCUCUUCAGCUUGUGCAAGAACCCGGCUCUGGCCCAGGAGGUGGGCGUGUUCAGCUACCCCGUGAGCUGGCCGCAGCUGGGGUUCAUCAGGACGUCCAGCUGGCUAGUCGUCCACACCACCAUUGAGCGGUACCUGUGUGUGGCAUUUCCGCUCAAGUUCAGACACCUCGUCACGUCCAGGAGGACCCUGGGACUGGUCGUGUUGGUGUUUGCCGUGUUCCUAGCCAGCAUCGUGCCGCCAUUUCUGGCAUCGGAAAUCUCGUUUAGGUUUGAUCAGAAUAGAAAUCAGAACACCCUUGUUCUGGUAUUUUUUGAAGAUAAACAAUACCUAGAAGAGUUUUCGGCCAUCUUUAACAGCUACGCCCUGCUUGCUUCAUUCCCGAUUGUCAUCUUCUUUACGUGUCUUCUGGUUGGGAAGCUAACCAGCCAAUCAAAAUGGAGGAACGAAAUGUCGACUGCGGGUAAGAAUGAGAAGAUAACUCUGCGCGACAGAAAAGUUGUCAAGAUGAUUCUUCUUAUCUCGUGUACAUUUAUUUUGUGUUUUCUACCGGAAGUAGUAGCCACCCUGGCAAUGCAGUACGUGCCAGAUUUCAGACCAGGGGGGAAGUUAUCUAACCUCUAUUACGUCAGCUGGUCGGUUAUCUUUAACUGCAAUGCCGUCAACUCGACAGCCCCUAUAUUCGUGUACUUAUCAAUUAGCUCAAAGUUUAGGUUCAUCUUCACGGGUUUUUGUGGAAAACGUGGUCAAGUUAAAUUCCCGGACCAACAGAGCCAAAUUGAUUGA